CUUGGGAUUUGUCUCAUUUUAAGAGAUGAAGUGCUUUCAUUUCUCUAACGGGGAGAAGAGAGAGGACGACGAUGGCCUCAUGUCUAGGAUUUCUAAAGUUUCAUGGGCCCGUUCCCUGAGCGUCGCUUCCAGUAGUGUGGAUGUCCGGCGGUUCGAGUUUGGCUCGGAGUCGGUGGAUUUCUUCGAUUCUCUGGCUUUUCCAGACUUCUUAUCUCUCGGGAGACCUAAUGAUCUGCGAAUCUUUUCCUUCUCUGAGCUGAGAUCAGCUACCAGGGGAUUCAGUCGUGCGCUUUUGAUUGGUGAGGGAGGCUUUGGAUGUGUUUAUAGAGCUGUUGUUAGGGUUUCUGAUGAUGAUCCUAAUGCCAACAUGGAUGUUGCCAUCAAACAGUUGAAUCGGAAUGGUUUUCAGGGACAUAAGGAAUGGAUUACAGAAGUAAACUAUUUGGGUGUUGUGAAGCACCCAAAUCUUGUCAGAUUAGUUGGAUAUUGUGCUGAGGAUGAUGAGAGGGGAAUUCAACGGCUUUUAGUAUAUGAACUUAUGCGCAACAAAAGCUUGGAGGACCAUCUUCUCAUUCGGAUGCCAUCUCCUCUUUCAUGGGAAAUGAGAUUAACAAUUGCCCUAGAUGCAGCACGUGGUUUAUUAUACCUCCACGAAGAAAUGGAUUUUCAGUUAAUAUUUCGGGAUUUUAAAACAUCAAACAUUCUGUUGGAUGAGAACUUCAACGCAAAGCUCUCUGACUUUGGAUUGGCAAGGUUGGGUCCAGCCGAAGGACUUGGUCAUGUUUCAACAUCGGUUGUUGGAACAGUGGGCUAUGCAGCUCCAGAAUACGUUCAAACAGGGAAACUUACUGCCAAGAGUGAUGUUUGGAGCUUUGGUGUCGUCCUCUUUGAACUCAUAACUGGAAGACGAUCAGUGGACAGAAACCUACCUAGGAGUGAGCAGAAGCUUUUAGAAUGGGUUAAACCAUAUGUAUCAGACUCCAAGAAAUUCCACCUUAUACUAGACCCACGACUAGAAGGCAGUUGUUGUAUAAAAUCUGUCCAAAAACUUGCCUCCCUUGCUAACAAGUGUCUAAUGAAGCAACCCAAAUCUCGCCCCAAGAUGAGUGAAGUGGUUGAGAUGCUUGGACAGAUCAUUGCCGAGACAUCAUCAGCAUCAGAUGGUGGGGUCCUACAAUCUAUCAAAGGAACCAAACCUGUGAAGGAAUACAAUGUAGCAGAGAAUGAAUCAACUAAACAAGGCGCCAAUUAUCUGAAGAGGGUAUUUGAUUUUAGAGAAAUUGUCAGCUUAAGAAACAGACCCAGUGGGAGGUUGGAUUGGAGAAAUUGGACACCGGGGUUGGUGAGGACUUAGUGACGAGUUCAUGGAAGUGGGAAAAUGUAUCCCCUCUUCCUAUUGUCGAGAAGUUGUGUCAUCGGAUCAGAUUAUGUUGCCAUUGCUUAAAACAUCUAUCAAAGUCUAUACUUUCCAGUAAAUGGUUUUCACUGCAUGGUUCUUUGUAAAUAUAUACAAAUACUAG